GGUUUCUCCUCUCAGGUUCGCCGGGACUUGCCUGAGCCCUGCAAUGCCAGUGGUCGGUAAGCGAGUGGCCUGCUACUACUACGGCUGCUAUCACUACUACGACUACUACUGACCUACCUUGUGUCUUACUCGGCUCAACAGUACGGUUUCUAUUGUUCUUUUGCGGUAUCAUAGUGGCGGCAGUCAUUCUAUCCUUCCCCAAUGGUCACAGCGACACCUAGCCGUGCAUAGAGCAGCGCGCGCGGCCAUACUCUCCUGAAGCCUAUCGGUCGUCUGGUGGUCUGCACUCUGCAGGCAGCUUAUCACAAUGCCUUCGAUCCUUUCUGACGCCGACAAGGAGACCGUCAAGCGCACCGUUCCCAAGGCCUCGAACAAAAUCCAGGCUGUUGCCGUUGCACGCCUCUACGUGGCCCAUCCCAACCGUAACCGAUGGACCUACACAGGCCUACAGGGGGCUGCGGUCCUGUCGAACGACCUGGUGGGAAACACCUUCUGGAUCAAAUUGGUUGAUAUCUCGCCCGCGAACAGAGGAGUGAUAUGGGACCAAGAGAUAUAUGACACUUUCCAAUACAACCAAGAUCGAACGUUUUUUCAUUCCUUCGAGUUGGAACAAUGUAUGGCAGGCUUGUCGUUUGUCGACGAGAAGGAAGCCCGCCAGUUCAAGAAAAAAAUGGACGAGCGGGAGAAGAAUGCAAGCAAGCAUACCAAGGCACAGCCUUUUGCUUCAGCGGCCGGCGGAGGGCAGGUCUAUGUGCCAGGCACACAACACAAACAUCACAGCAGGAUGGGCAUGGGUCACUUUUUCGGAAGAAGUCACAGGCAUAGCUCAAACCCGGUCAUGACACAACAGCCUCCGGCGAUCGCACCGCAGCCUGUCUACAGUCCUGUUGCAACUCGUCCACAGAGUAGCGCAGGGGGUAUUGACCUGGCAGAUCCGACAUGGAGGCCGAUCCUGGACGAACUCCUUGCUAUGGGUAUCACCGAGGAUCAAAUCGAGCAGAAUGCCGACUUUAUCAAGAACUAUGUCCAGCAGAAGCAGGCAGAAGAAAUGGCCAAUGGCAUCGCUCAAGCACUACCUGCAGUCUCUGAGUCGAGAUCAAGGGCUCCUCCCCCGCCGCCUCCCUCAGCGCCUCCGGCCCCAAGGCUCAGCCCGGAGAACACAGGGACCACGACCUCGUCUAGUCGACGGGGUCCUCCACCCGCACCACCGCCAUCGCGAAGGCCCGCGGCAGGAAGGGCAGCUUCUCCACCGAGGUCGAGUUCUCCUCCUCCAAGGACACCGUCUCCUGCUGCUAGCCCACAGCCGAGAUUUAGAGCCCCUCCGCCCAUUGCAGAUGCCGGGAAAUAUGCUGUCAAAGAAGGACCGGCAAUUCAUCCCUCUGGCCGGACUCGAGCUUCCUCAGGCUCGCUCGCAAAUCCCGGUCCACCGCCUCCCCCUCGUCCACCUAAGGCGCCCAUCGAGGAGGAGCCAGUUGGAAUGUUCAAGGUGCCUCCUCCCUUUACAGGAGAACGUAAAUCUUCGGCUCCUCCGCCUCCGCCCAGUCGUGGACCUGUGCCACCGCCUCCACCAAGCAGGGAAACACCAGCGCCUUCUGCCCACGUUAUCCCACCACCAUUGCCCCCUAAGGCCGGCCCGAUGCCAUCUCAUUCUACAGCCCCAGCAUCUGUGCCUCCUCCUCCGCCCCCUCCACCACCUGGCCGAAACAAUGCUCCGCCUUUGCCGCCUCCCAAUACGCGUGCAGUUCCUCCGCCGCCUACAGCUGCUGGCCCGCCUCCCCCGCCUCCUCCACCACCGCCCAUGCCAUCAGCUGCAGGACCUCCGCCUCCUCCGCCUCUUCCUGCAUCCUCUGGGCCUCCUCCUCCGCCGCCACCCAUGCCCGCUUCAAGUUCGGGUCCAGCUGCCCCUCCGCUGCCCCCAGUAGGAGGUGGCGGCCGAGACGAACUCCUGGCCGCAAUCCGGGGCACUGGCGGGUCUGGCAGUGGCGCCUUACGCAAGGUCAAGGACAGCGAGAAACGCGACCGAUCCGCCGCCAUGGUCCCAGGCACCGAAGCCAGUGCCACGCCUGCUACAUCUGGAGCACCAGGAACCCCGGCCCCAGCUGGAGAUGCGCAAGGUGGACUUGCUGGCGCAUUGGCUGCGGCUCUUAGUCAGAGAAAGAAAAAAGUCAGCGGAAGUGAUGACGAAAAGGACGAUGAUGAUGAUUGGUAGUCAGCACGCCACGUUUCGCAAGGUACAUUAAGAAACCAGCCCUAUCUGGCGGUGCCGACCAUGCGCGCCCAAAUCAUCCAUGGCGGCUAGGCGCACCAGGACAGGGACAACUGUGGCUUUUGUCACAGCCUCAACCUGUAAAGGCAGCGGCAGCUCUACAUUGUACAGGACUCGCUACAUCAACAGGAUGCCUCACAUGACAAGCACUCGGAAAGGAGAUCAAAAGACAUGCGAGAGGUUUGGGCUUGGGUACUUCACAGCCAUAAGCUGACGAUUUGUUCUCGCGGGUUGAACAGCAUUAAUGAAUUGGGAACCACUGUGCAAACAGGGAAUAAAAGUGUCGUCUUCACAGACUGAAGCUGCAGAAGAAGGGAGCAUCUUAAUUCGUGCCGGCUAAGAGUACAAGAAUGUGGAAGGAGAUUCUAUAUCGCAUUAAAAAACUCCCAGUGCGCCUGUCACUCCAUGUGUUACAAACCAGUCACUUUCUUUCUUUGGCCCGUAUAUGUGAAAGCAGUGGAUUGGAUCAUAUUAUAUGCCGUGUUUCAUCCCCA